AUGGAGGUGUCUCUGAAAAAUGUUCCCCAGGGCUUGUCGGAUGAUCAGCUCUAUACCGAGCUUGAGCCACAUGUGAAAGCUCUUGGUAUCCUUGAUUGGCAUUGCGAUAAGCCUUUGAAGAGGGCUCAUGCCUGGGUCACCUUUCUCAGAGAGGCUGAUGGGAAAAAAUUCCUCCAAAAGCAUGAGAGGAUCCCAGGCAUUCCAUCGCAGCCUACAAGUCUCCAAAACCAUCGCGGCCGUUUUAUAUCCCAACCCAGGGAUAUAGCAAGGCUAUUCCUUCUCAAGACACCGAUUUUCGUCAGGAAGAGCGAUAGAUCGGUGGACAAAACUAUUCUCAUGCACCUAGAAAUCCAGAAGGAAGAACGAAAGUUGGAGCAGCGGAAGCCAACAGUUGUUGACCGCAACCCAAAGGCACCUGUUAUCAGCACACAAAUUCGCCACAUCACAUGCGGCAAGAACAUUUUUGAACAGGAAUCGGAUACUUUGAUAUUUGUCGAACAGAGUGGCCUCCACGCCCGGGGUGUGGCCAAGUUUGGACGCCGCACGUUGACGCUCACGCUCUCCGACGAAUAUCGUGUUGAUAUCCCUUAUGAUGUCAUCCAAGAUCUUGUAGCCAGUGCAUCUGAUGCAUCAAUGACUCUCGUCCUGACUGAGGCACCGAGAUUUUAUGCCAAACAAAUUUACUCACAAUAUGUCAAAUGGGCGCGACAAGCAUAUUUGGGUUUAUGGCCUUCCCAUCCAAAGUACGUUGCUCACUGUUUGGUCUACCGAAUAACACUUGCCUCGAAUUAUGCGGAAACUCUCGAAAGCCUAAGAUCUCGCAACAUCAUUGUUGUUACGAGGCAGCAUUUGCCCGUGCGAAUGAAUCCUCGGCCCUAUGAGGAAGAUUAUUCUACCUGCAUGACUAGGUUUGAAGGCUCUAUACAAAACGCUGGUGCUUCGAGAUUACGACUGCUACCAUUUGCUAUACUGUUUCAGCUUCAAGCUUUAGUGUGGAACAACUACCUGCAUCCAGCAACGGCGCUGAAAAUGCUGGAAAUCAUGGACAGAAUUGCCAAGGACUGCAAGAGAGCCGGCUUGCCAUUGCCAUUCACCACUGAUUCAAUGAAGCAGCUCUUUCAGAAAAUUCCGUAUCCGUGCCCCGGGGUAGAUCCGCAAGAUCUUGCCGCGGAGAAGCUGGUCGCAGAUGUGAUAGAAGGGGAGCAAAUGCAGCGAGCAGAGGAUCCAAUGCGCACCUCGCCCUAUGGUCCACAACUCCCCGAACAUCAGGCUUGGGUAUUGAAGGUUAUGGUCACGCCAACUCGUAUUAUGCUGCAUGGGCCUGAUGGCGAGAACAAGAACAGGGUCCUGCGGAUGUUUCCACAGCAUUCGGAUUACUUCGCCCGAGUCAUAUUUGGUGACGAAGACGGCCAGGAUCUAGCCUUGCUACCCAGCGUGAACAAUUCAGCAAUAUUUGAACGAUACCGGAAAAUCAUGAAGGACGGUAUUCAUGUUGCUGGUCGAAAGUUUGAGUUUUUGGGGUUUUCGCACUCUUCUCUCCGCUCUCACUCAGCGUGGUUUUGUGCACCCUUUGUCGACAAGAUGGAGCUGCAGAACAAUGACAGCAUCAUCAGGUCGCUGGGUGAUUUUAGCGACAUUCGGAUUCCCGCAAAAUGUGCCGCACGUAUCGGGCAAGCCUUCUCCGAAACGCCUUACGCAGUAGACAUUCUCAAGUGCGGCAUUGGGAUCAAGUACAUCCCCGACGUGAAAACAGCAGACGGAAAGCGAGUAUUCAGUGACGGGGUUGGUACCAUCUCGUGGGAUGCCAUGGAAGAGAUUUGGGACCGCCUCCCAAUGAAUAAUUCGGCGCCAACUUGCUUUCAAGUCCGCCUGGGAGGGAUAAAGGGAAUGCUUUCGCUCGACUCCAGGCUCAAGGGCAAAGUGAUUUGCAUACGGAAAGAAUCCAUGAUGAAGUUCCCAAGCUCAGACCAAACGACCUUGGGCAUUUGUGAUACAGCCUCGAAGCCGCUGCGCCUUGUUCUGAAUCGCCAAACCAUCAAGAUUUUGGAAGACAUGGGGACAAAUUUUGAAUGGUUCAUAGAUCAGCAGAACAAGGCCCUCGACGUGCUUAGAAAUGUCACCGCCUCAGCGUCAAACACUAGCACCUUUUUAGAGUCCCAACUGGUGGGCACCAAUGUGGGUUUCCCCAAACUCAUCAAGUACUUGAACAAGGUUGGGAUCGAUUACCGGCGGGACAAAUUCAUGAAGAAGGUUGUGGAUCAUACCAUCCUCCGAGAGUUGCGUCUGCUUAAGCACAAGGCACGGAUUCCUGUGGACCAAGGGGUGACUCUCUUUGGCAUCAUGGAUGAAACGGGAUUUCUUGAAGAGGGCCAGAUAUAUGUCACUUUUGAUUCAAGUUACGACAAGGCCCAAGGUCGAGUCAAGGGGUCACUCAAGGAUGGGUUUGUGCUUAUCACGCGCUCACCAGCCCUCCACCCCGGCGAUAUCCAACUUGCUCAAGUAAUGACACCCCCCCAUGGCCAUCCGCUCCGCGACUUGAGAAACUGUGUGGUCUUUAGCCAGAAGGGGAGUCGCGACUUGCCAAGCCAGCUGAGUGGAGGAGAUCUCGAUGGAGAUUUGUACAGCAUCUUCUGGGAUCCCUUUGUCAUUCCAAAAAGCUACUUUACCCCGGCCGAUUAUCCAAGAGUUACUCCGCCAGCGUUGGACCGAGUGGUGACGCGCGAGGAUAUUGCAGACUUUUUUGUCAAGUUUAUGGAAACUGAUAUCCUAGGCAUGAUUGCCAACCGACACCAGAUUUUUGCAGAUUUCAAAGAUGAGGGAACAGUUGACCAAGUAUGCACGAAUCUCGCAGAGCUGCAUUCAACCGCAGUCGACUACUCCAAGACGGGUAUUCCUGUGACGAUACAGCAGCUGCCCAAGGCACCGCGCCUACGCCCGGAUUUCCUUGCGCCUGCUCCCCCUACUCGCUUGUAUGAUCGCGGCGAAGUAAGCCAUAUCGGAGAUCCCGAAUCGGACGAAGAUGACGAAGAUGGGAUGGGUGCUAGUAAGAAAGGAUAUUACAAGUCUCAGAAAAUAUUGGGCGAAUUGUAUCGGGGCGUGGAUGAAGAAAAAAUCUGGGGCCAAGAUGUUCAGCGCCCCGUUGAAAUGAGCGGUUCUUCUCUAUGGGAAGACUUGAACAAGCACGUGUACGCUGCUUUAAUGGAAGAAGGAUGUGUCGCAUCAGAUGUCGACUAUACACGUCGGGUUGAAGAAGCAUGGAAGCUUCGUGAAUUGUAUCAAACGCAAGUGUCCAAUAGCAUGUGGCAGUUUUCGGAUAGCCCUCGCGUUCCCAUUAGAGAAGUGGAAGCUUUCUGCGGGUCAAUUCUGAAUCCCAAAGGCAGCCAGACGAGGCGACAACGAGACUCAUCCAUCAAACUGAAGGAGGAGAUGGACAGGAUCAUGAACUUUUUUGCGAAGCUUAUCCGCGAUCGCAGCGGAGGCGCCUUGGGGAUUGCAGAUGAUGCGGCGUCGGUCGCAACUGAAGAUGACGGGCAAAGUGAGCGAGAAAGAAUGAAUGCUGUGGAGCUGUGCUGGGCUUGUGUGAUUGUGGGAAGUGAGCAGGAUAACAAGGGACAGAACUAUGACGAUAAUGAGAAGCCGCUGGAGAGCUUCCGAGUGGUGGCGGCGAGCUGUCUGGUGAAGGAACUCAAUGAGCUACUGACUAGAAAGAGGUCCGGAAGGGUGGGAGGCUAUGUUGGGGUU